CUAUGCAAUAUUGUCAAUAUUCAGUAUGCGAUCUAUUUCUUUUCUUUUAUUUUAUGUUGUUUUUAAUUUUAAUUUUUUUAUGAUUUUCAUGAUAUGCAAAUAUCUAUUGUAAAUCGCGAAAAAAAGGUUUGCAGUCGGAUAAUUGGUUGGUUUUUUCGAGGAUACACAUUCAGGAAUAGCUACUUGUGUUUCUAGUAACCUCGCGUGUGCAUGGAUUGUAUCAAUAAAUGGACAUGUGAGAAACACCAUCAGGCUUUUGACAUAUCCUGUUAAAGCAUUGUUUCUUGGGGGUGAUGUUUUCUCUGGAUCUUCACAUAUGUUUUCUAAACUAUGAAUUGCAUCUGGAUUUUCAAUACCUUACUGUACUAUGCUGUUUUCUGUGAAGGUUCAAGGCACUGUCCAAGAAACACUCAAAAAGCAUGAGCUCACAAGGCCUCUUGCUACAAAGGAGUUGGUGUGGUUUGCCGCCUCUGCUUUGUUAGCUCUGCCCAUCAUCAUUCUGUCAAGAAUUUGUUCUGCCAUCUUCUGUCAAAAGGCGAAGAACCCCAAUCGAAAUGGUAAUUCAAACCAUGCACGGCGUAAGGCUAAAAGGGGACAUCCAGACAAGUAG